AUGAAUGAUUCUUAUGGAUUAGAUAAUAAAAAGAAUAUUGCCACUAUUACUGACAAUGGUUCCAACUUCGUAAAAUGUUUUAAAAAAUUCGGAUUAACUAUAAAAGAAUGCAAAGCAGCAGAGCAAGAUACUUCUGUUUGUUCUGAGGAAAACGAAAAAGAACUUGAAAUUUGUUCCUCUUGGUUUACUCCGCUCAAACAUGAGGUUUUUUGGCCACAUUAUAAAACUUCUUCUGCUUUUAACAAAGCUUUAACAUCAGCGGAAGAACCUGAUCAGAGUACGUGGAAACUUUCGCAUGUCAAAAGAAAGUUUUUUGAAUGUGAAGACAUUAAGAAGGCUCAUAAAAAAUUGAAAAAAUGUGAGGCAACUUCAGAUAUACAGUCAUCUGACUUGUCUGAUUUUGACAAUAUUAAAAAUAAGAAGAGAGUUCGAUUAAAUGCAAGAAGGUGGUCCUCAUCUAGUAAUGACAGUAAAAAGGAAUUAAGAGAUCAUUUAUUGGGUAAUAAAGAAAAAUCCACAAAACUUCCAAGGCCAUCAGGAUUACCACAGACUGUGGCUACUAUGGGGAAAGUUUGCCGAAAUAUUCGAGCCCAAUGGAGUGAAGAAGCUUUAAGUAACGCUGUGAAAGCUGUAACGCGUGGAAACCACAUCGGAAGCGGAAGAGUUGAGAAAAAAUUGGGUAGAAAGUCUAUUCUCAGUCGACAACAAGAAAAUGAUCUGGUAGCCCGCAUUGUAAGGCUAGCCGAAUGA